AUGGUCAUGGGAGCCUUUCCCCACUUUCACCCACUCUCCAAGUGCACCACAGAACACCGAUCACACCAAACUGUCGCCUCAGACUUGGAUGGCACCCUACUCCUCUCCCCCAGCGCCUUCCCUUACUACAUGCUCGUCGCCAUUGAGGCAGGCAGCUUCCUGCGUGCCCUCCUCCUCCUCGCUUCCGCCCCCCUCGUCUACUUCACCUAUAUCUUCGUCUCCGAGGUUGCAGCCAUCAAGUUCCUCAUCUUCAUGGCCUUCGCAGGGGUGAAGGUCAGGGACGCUGAGAUGGUCGCACGCUCGGUGCUGCCCAAGUUCUACGCCGAGGACGUGCACCCCGACGCCUGGAGAGUGUUCAACUCCUUUGGGAAGCGUUACAUUGUCACUGCCAGCCCCAGGGUGAUGGUAGAGCCCUUUGUGAAGACGUUUCUUGGGGCUGAUAAGGUGCUUGGGACCGAACUUGAGGUCACCAAAUCAGGAAGGUUUACUGGGUUUGUUAAGGAGCCUGGCGUGCUUGUUGGGGAGCACAAGAAAGUUGCUGUUGUGAAGGAGUUUCAGGGUAAUUCACCUGACUUGGGACUAGGAGAUAGUAAAAGUGAUCAUCAUUUCAUGUCGAUUUGCAAGGAAGGGUACAUGGUGCCAAGGACUAAGCGUGAACCACUACCAAGAAACAAGCUUUUAAGUCCAAUUAUUUUUCAUGAGGGUAGGUUUGUUCAGAGGCCAACUCCUCUUGCUGCUCUCUUGACCUUCCUAUGGUUGCCAAUUGGCAUCAUACUCUCCAUCCUGAGGGUCUAUCUGAACAUCCCUUUGCCUGAAAGAAUUGCUUGGUACAACUACAAGCUAUUAGGCAUCAGAGUUAUUGUGAAGGGUACCCCUCCACCACCCCCAAAGAAGGGUCAAAGUGGAGUCCUAUUUGUUUGUAACCACCGCACAGUUUUAGAUCCAGUGGUUACUGCAGUUGCACUUGGAAGAAAAAUUAGCUGUGUCACAUAUAGUAUAAGCAAGUUCACUGAAAUAAUUUCACCAAUUAAAGCUGUGGCCCUGUCAAGGGAAAGAGAGAGAGAUGCAGCCAAUAUCAAGAGACUUCUUGAGGAAGGGGACUUGGUGAUCUGCCCUGAAGGUACAACUUGUAGAGAGCCUUUCCUCUUGAGGUUCAGUGCACUCUUUGCUGAACUUACUGAUAGAAUUGUCCCAGUUGCUAUUAACACAAAACAAAGUGUGUUUUAUGGGACAACGGUUCGUGGACACAAGUUGUUGGACCCUUACUUUGUGUUCAUGAAUCCCAUGCCCACAUAUGAGAUCACUUUCUUAAACCAGCUUCCGAAAGAACUCACAUGCAGUGGAGGUAAAUCCGCAAUUGAAGUGGCAAACUACAUUCAAAGGGUUCUUGCAGGGACUUUGGGAUUUGAGUGCACCAAUCUGACAAGGAAGAGCAAAUAUGCCAUGCUUGCAGGAACAGAUGGGACAGUUCCAUCUAAAGAGAAAGCUUGA